AUGGGGUCUUCGUCGUCGUUCUGGAACAUAGCUUCACGAGAAGCCAUGAAAAGCGGUGCGUUUGUAGCGAAAAUCUACUGCUUCCUCCAUGUAACCACAAACUAUCUCGGCUUCGCUGCUUAUGCUUAUGGUCCGAGUAUGAUCCCGACGCUUCAUCCUUCGGGAAAUGUCUUGUUGGCGGAACGAAUCUCCACGAGGUCUCAGAAACCGAGUCGUGGAGAUAUAGUUGUGUUACGAUCUCCAGAAGAACCUAACAAGACCCCGAUCAAGAGGGUGAUCGGAAUUGAGGGAGAUCGUAUAAGCGUUGUGGCUGAUCCAGAGAAGAACGUUCAAUCAAAAACCUUCGUGGUUCCUAAAGGGCAUGUGUGGGUUCAAGGAGACUAUACUCAAAACUCUCGAGACUCGAGAACCUUUGGUCCUAUACCUUACGGUCUUAUUCAAGGCAGAGUGCUAUUGAGGGUAUAA